AUGGCUGCUCCUCUGCCCGCUCCCACCGGCAACCGCUUCCUCAUCUGGGGUGGCGAGGGCUGGGUCGCCGGCCACCUCAAGAGCCUCCUCGAGAAGGCCGGCAAGGAGGUCUACACCACGACCAUCCGCAUGGAGAACCGCGAGAGCGUCAUCGCCGAGAUUGAGCGCGUCCAGCCGACGCAUGUCCUCAACGCCGCCGGCAGCACCGGCCGCCCCAACGUCGACUGGUGUGAGGACAACAAGGAGGCCACCAUGCGCUCCAACGUCAUCGGCACGCUGAACCUGGCGGACGUCUGCUUCCUCAAGGGCAUCCACAUCACCGUCUUUGCCACCGGCUGCAUCUACCAGUACGACGAGGCCCACCCCUGGGGCGGCCCCGGCUUCACGGAGACGGACGCGGCCAACUUUGACGGCAGCUUCUACUCGGAGACCAAGGCCCACGUCGAGGCCAUCAUGAAGAACUACAAGAACGCCCUGAUCCUGCGCCUCCGCAUGCCCGUCAGCGACGACCUGCACUCGCGCAACUUUGUCACCAAGAUCUCCAAGUACGAGCGCGUCGUCGACAUCCCCAACAGCAACACCAUCCUGACGGACCUGCUGCCGGCCUCGAUCCUGCUGGCCGAGCACAAGGAGACGGGCGUCUACAACUUCACCAACCCCGGCGCCAUCUCCCACAACGAGGUGCUGUCGCUGUUCAAGGAGAUUGUCCGCCCCAGCUUCACCUGGAAGAACUUCUCGCUCGAGGAGCAGGCCAAGGUCAUCAAGGCCGGCCGCAGCAACUGCGAGCUGGACACCACCAAGCUCAUCACCAAGCUCAAGGAGUACAACUAUGAGGUCCCCGAGAUCCACGCGGCCUACCGCGGCUGCUUCGAGCGCAUGAAGGCUGCCGGCGUGCAGUAA